AUGUCCGAGGAAGCAGAGAAGGUGGUGGUGAUCCUCGAUGCAUCGAGAGACGUUAGUUGGAGCGCGAUCCAGCAGGUGCUGCAAGGCUUGUCUCUUAAGCCUGGAGAUGAGCUCAUGCUUCUUGGAGUUUUUCACCAGGUUAAUAACCCUGGUACGUUAGCUGGGAAAAUAUUGCGGUACAGCAAAAAGGUGGAUCCCAAUUCGACUGUUGGAACAAGCCAGAAAUUUGGAGAGGAAGAAGUGACCAAGAAGAAGGAAGAGUACCGCGAAAUUAUGGCGAUGCUUCAACUUCCUGAAGAGGUUAAGGUCCACAUAGAGGUGGAAGCGGGGCCUUCUUCAAAGGUGGUUGCUGUAAGAUCUGCCACAAGGUUUAGGGCAACAUGGGUGAUACUUGACAGGCAAAUGAAGAAAGACAAGAAAUACUUCAUGGAGAGCCUCUCAUGUGGAAUAUCAAGGAUGAAGCAUGACAAUACAAUUAAACAGCUGAGGGGGCCUAAGCCAAUUGAAAAGAAAAAAUCGCUGGGAUAUGAUGAAAUGUUACCAGGAAGCACGGAGGAAGAAGUUUCUCCUAAGACAUCUCCAACAAGUCAACAUUCCACCAUAGACAGGGAUGAAAUUGGAGGACCGCCAUCUAAAAACCAUCAUAAAUGGCCAUUGUCCAAAUCAUCAUCAACCGACCACAUGCUUGUCACACCUAGUACAGUUUCAAGUUCAAAUUUCUCUUGGGCUGUGCCAAAGAGAUCCAUCAGCGCCUUGCUGGAGCAAGAAAGCAAUGCAGAGCAAAAAAAUUCUGGAAAAGGCUCCCCAGUAUUAUCCAAUGAUGAUGAACAAGAGCAGCAAGUAGGCUUUCAUAUUCUGGAUGAGGCACUGACUGAAAACUCCAUUUGCUCAGACUGUAAAAACAGGCGGCCUGAGGUUGGCUGGAAGACACGGUUCUUCACUUAUACUGAGCUUCACGCAGCUACCAGAGGGUUUUUUGGGGAUAACUAUUUGUCAGAAGGUGGCUUUGGUUCAGUGUAUAGAGGGGAGCUGAAGAAUGGAUUGAAUAUUGCUGUUAAGCAAUACAAAAAUGCGAGCUUUCAAGGAGAGGAAGAGUUCCAGUCUGAAGUUAGUUUGCUUAGCAAGAUCAGGCAUGAGAAUUUGGUUAUGCUGUUGGGCUCAUGCUCGGAAGGAAAUCACAGGCUGCUUGUUUAUGAGUAUGUCUGCAAUGGUUCACUAGACCAACAUUUAUCAAAAAAAUGUGCAGAACAGAAGCGGCAACAUCUUAGUUGGGACAAGAGGAUAAAAAUAGCUUUGGGAGCUGCCAAAGGCUUAGAAUUUCUUCACGGGAACAACAUCAUCCACAGAGAUGUGACGCCGGGGAAUAUUCUCAUAACACAUGAUCAUGUUACACUACUUGGAGAUUUUGGUCUUGCCACAAGUCAGCACGAGGAGGAUUCAAAUGAUUCGUCGAAGAACAAAGUUGUUGGGGCUCUUGGAUACAUGGCACCGGAAUACGCGGAAAAUGGAAAAGCGUCAAGCAAAACAGAUGUUUACUCCUUUGGAGUGGUUCUAUUACAGCUGAUCACUGGGCUAGCGAUCACAGACAACAUCAAAGGAGGAAAGAGUCUUAUUGGAUGGGCAAGACCACUUCUAGAAGAGAAAAACUACCCAGAUUUGAUUGAUGAAAGGAUUGCGGACUCCCAUGAUAUGCACCAGCUAUUUUGGAUGGUUCGAGUUGCAGAAAAUUGUCUCAGAAAGGAUCCUAGGAAGAGAUGGACAAUGGAAAAGGUUGUUACCCAUUUGAACUCUAUAAUUGAGAGCAAAAUAACUUGUGCCCAAGGCUUCUCCCCUGCACAAUGAGUUACAGCUAGUGCCCCAUUGGACUCUCCUCCUAGAUUAGAGGGAAAAGGUAUGAAAAAUGAAUAAAAACCCCCUUAACAGUACAAAGUCAGAGUAGUCUUUCCACAACCACAUAUAGUGGAAAAUGUGGUACUUCUCCAGGGGGAGGCAGGGACUGUUGAAAUGAAGCAGGGGAAAUUCUGAAUAAUAAAAAAAUUGAAUUACUUCAUAUGACAAGAUGAUCAUUUUGUUCUCUCGCUGUGUAGUGAAAAUUGGUAGUUAUCGGUCAACUUUCGUUCAUCCUUUUGUCUUGUUUAGUAAAAACAUCCUUGCAACUAUUGGCUAUCAUAUAUAUAUAGAUAGAUAGAUAGAUAGAUACUGCUACUAAAAGUCAUGGCUCAAUUUGGUGUUACCAACUUAUAGAGAGCCUUGUUACACACAUUAAAUAAUUUACAUGUUCUAUAUUUACCAUUCAA